AUGGCGAGUCUGCUGCUGCAAAGGAUGCGUCGAUUCGUUGAAUUUAUCAAUUCAGGUGAUGAAACUAUAGGACAAGAAGUAGUUUCCGAAGCCGCGGUCUUCCACGUUCCGUUCUCGGAUACUCCCUUGAGGGGGUUGCUUGGAUACAUGCAAAUUCUCGGCAUAAUGCGCUCAGCCUACCCAGAUAUCCAGUGGACACUUGAUGAUACUGUCAUCGAGGAUAAUAGAGUUGUAGCGCAGUUCACGCUGCGUGGAACUCACGAAGGCGAAUUCCUUGGUGUCCCGGCCUCGGGAAAGAAAAUCCAGGCGCGAGCUAUGAACAUCUAUCGAUUCUCAGAUGGGAUGAUUGUGGAGGAGACUGGCUUGCCCGAUCUGUUUGGGAUGAUGCUGCAAAUUGGGGGCCUGAAGCCACCGGCUUCUCAUUAG